GUCUUUGAGGGUUUGGAGUACCAACCCAUGGCGUCGCUGACGGAGGAGGUGCCAGUGCUGUCAUGUAGUGGACUUACCAAGAGGUUCCUGGUACCAGGUUGGCGUAUGGGAUGGAUAUCCAUCUAUGAUAGAGGCAACGUCUUCGAUAAGGUACGACAUGCGCUGCAGUCGUUAAGUCAGCGCAUCAUUGGCAGCAACACGAUUGUGCAAGGCGCACUUCCUACCAUCCUUGUGUCAACACCCAAGUCUUUCUUCAGUGACACUAUCAGCCAGAUCCAGAGUAACGCCAAGAUGAGUUACAACUUACUGAAGGAGGUGCCUGGCCUGAGACCCGUCAUGCCUCAAGGAGCAAUGUACAUGAUGGUUGGUGUAGACAUGGCUGGUUUCCAGCACUUCUCCAGUGACCUUGAGUUUGUUGAGACCAUGAUUAGAGAGGAGUCUGUCUUCUGUCUUCCUGGUAAGUGCUUCGACUACCAUAACUACGUGAGGUUGGUUCUGACGGUACCCGGAGAACAGCUACGAGAGGCCUGUACCCGUAUCGCCUCCUUCUGUUCCCGUCACUACCGCGCCGCUACGACCGCCUCGAUCACCAAUAACGACGUGGCCGUCUACAAACAACUCAGUAACGGUCAGUCGUCCCCAGAGAUGAACAAUGGCUCGUUUCUGGGGAUGAAAGGCGACGACAGUCUUGAUGCCAAUGGCCACGAGGGGCCCCAAGAGACCAUGAGCUUCGCUAAAGUCCCCGUCAUUGAGAUGGGUUCGCUCGUGUCCGAGAUAGAGGCGGAGUGAUGUGGUAGCGAGGCUGGAGCGAGGAAGUCGUAGAAAGUAGAUGGGACAGGUGUGGAUAUUUCGUGUGUAGGUAUUUUCAGGUGUAUUGAUGUUAUGACAGGUGUGAGGACGCAUGACUGGUGUGGACCUUUGAGAGAGAGAGAGAGAGAGAGAGAGAGAGAGAGAGAGAGAGAGAGAGAGAGAGAGAGAGAGAGAGAGAGAGAGAGAGAGAGAGAGAGAGAGAGAGAGAGAGAGAGACA